CGCAAGGCUUGGCGCCGAGGAUCGCAUUGGCUUGGGCCUCAUUGGGUCAAGCACGGAGGACGCUUGCGGAGUCUCCCCGAUGCACACACUGUGCCGAGGACCAAUGCUUCGUCUACUUUUUGAGAACAGCAUCAGGCCAAGACCAUUAUAUGCGUUUGAGAAGAAGCGGUAAAGUGCUGAGGGUGUCCCUUGGGAAUGUCAACGUUUACUUCUUCUAUUCAACCUGUCCGAUUGACGUUAAUGACCAGUGAAGCAUGAUGACUCAUCCGAUUCUGGCCUUUCCUGGCCUUGUACAAAGCACAGUGGACUUAUGCAAGGCCUCCAGCAAGUCAGCCAAAACUCGUAGGGUGAGUCCUCAAAGGUCAUGGGAUGACGCCUACAGGAUAUACACCAGAAUGAUUGAGAUCAUUCGUUCCAGGGGCUCGGCCUUCCCGAACCCUGAGAAACAAGCAGCCCCAUGCUCUCUGCAGAUACGUGCAGUGAUUACCAUAGCCGACACUGAAGGGCUGGCAGCUGCUAGGCUCAAACCAUGCCGCUACAUAUCAUAGUCAUCAAAGGGAUUAGUACGGGGCGAGUCAGUCUAACAGUUUAUACUUAUGCAGGAGGAAAUCGAGUGAUCAAACAGUACUUCGUAUAGUUCUUGGCGAUAUCCCUUUUUAACGACUUGGG